AUGAGCUCCUCUCAAACAACUCCUCGGGAAGAAUAUUUUACAUGGAAAAGUGUUGAUUAUUGUUGUUUAUGUGAAACCACCAAUCAUCCAGAUAGAUUUAUAAACAUAUUUAGUGUUCCUGGGCAACGGAAAACUUUACCACAACAAAUCGAAAGCGUGCUUGGUAUAGAAAUUACCGCGGGUAGGGGAGCGUCUCUACGAAUUUGCAGAAGUUGCGAGCUCAAAAUCAACAACUUUUCGAAAUACAAAACAUCUGCGACGUCAGUCAUUCUAGGUUUAAAGGAAAAGGUCAGUUCCAAACGGUGUCUAACUUUCUCGCCGCUAAAAGCAGGAAAGAUAGUGAAUGUCGACCCCUCAGGAACGGACGACGAAAAUGAAGAUGAAAGCAUUGACCAGGUUGCACCGCCUGCAUUGUAUUCUGAGGUCUGUACAGUAAAAAAAUUUUAUGACAAGUGAUUAUUGAAUAACGCGUAAAUAACAUAGUGUGAACAAAUAGAUUUAUAUGUCAACGCUUCGACUUUGCAAUGGGGAAAGUCACAGGAUUGUUUAAUUUUAACUUAAAGAUAGUCACAGGGCCGUAGCUAGCAUGUAUAGUUGGGGGGGGGGGUGUAGACCAAAAAUUUCCGCAACCUCGUACCCAGGGACUUUAGAGGAAAGUCCCUGGGUACGAGGUUGAAAUUUCCGAAUGACGAAACAAAUUUCCGAAUAUUUCAUUUCGAGUUAUACCAAUCAAUUAUUGGGAGGGCUGCAGCCCUCCCCACGGUUACUACGGCCAUGAGAAGUAAUAAAGCACACUUACCGAUUUACGAUUUGUUAAAUGUUAUCCAUGUAAAUGCUAUGAUUUCUUAAAUCAGUUUGUGCUGACAAUACAAUUAUAUUAUAUGUUCUCUGUUUAACAACUAAAAUUUUGUUAUACUAUUAUUGCCGUAAUAUUCCGAAUGGCCAACCUGAUUUUCCGAAUAUGUUAAUUCUAAAAAAGUUGGGGGGGGGGGAACCCCCCCCCCAAUACCUCCCUAGCUACGGCUCUGAGAUAGGAAGUGUAAUUUCCAAAUUGGUGUGACUUGCAUUUCAUUCUAACAAAAUAACACAUAUCUGUUGUAUUUUAGGUGUCGAUCGCUACUGCUAUGGAAAUCAUUAUUCCUCACGUUGAGAAAGAGUGCUCAAUGCUUUGUUGGAGACAUCAACCAUCAGAACUGCGGAAAAAUGACUUUCCUAACAUGAGCACGUUCACCUGGGAUAAGCUGACAAAUGAGAUGGCAAGUCGUUGUCCAGUUUUGCUUGAUAUCUUACUAACUGCGAUGGGAUACUCGAAGGACAAUAUAGACGAAAUUGCCCCGCGCCUUUCGUUAUGCUAUGCAAUUUUAAUGCAAAGUAGAAACCACGAGCUGACACUAGUGCAACGACUCAAUACGAUACUGAUGACAAAUGGUAAUGUGAAGAAGCAGGUACAGUGUAUGUUACACUACAGUAAUUGUGCACAAAGGCAGAUAUCGUUUUAAUAUAGUGCACAAAGGACAUUAUAACCAGGGCGUAGUAAAAUACGACAAUCGCUCGCGUUCAUAAUUCUUUUGGUUUUCUACAUUCCUCAAUGCAGUCGAAUCUCAACCUCGUACCCAGGUUGACCGAAACGCCCGUAACCGGACACACUCUAGACGGACUUGAUCCAAGUCUAGACACACUCAGGACCAUGUCUCUUUUCUCGCUCAUGGGAGGUGUUCGCUUACGAGAGGUCGGUCACAGUUGA